AGGUCUAGUGAUCAGCUCCCGCGUUUGCUUGAGCGCUCCGUCCUCCUCUUCUUCUGGCUCCUCUUUCUCUCUCCCUCUCUCCCUGGGUUGGGGUGAACAGCAGGUGGCGCAGGCAGUGAGUGCAGACUCAGCUGGACACGGGGAUUAGAAAUCGGUGACACUCCACUGACUUCUGCACUGGAGCUUCACACUGGAUGGACAACAAGCCCACCACGGAAAACUCAGGUGUCACAGCAAUAGCGUCACAGGCUGAGGUUGGGUGAAUAAACAUGCACAUGGACUGGAUGAGACAAGCCAGCACUGGAAUCAGAACGUGUGAGAAACAAACGGCUCAGAAAAAGAGAAAGAAGCAAAGUCCCUAAGUACAUGUUGGUCCUCAGGUGGGACCACACGGAUCAUGUAAGCCCUAGCAUCCUCUGCCGAUAAGAAGGGGUGAUACCAAAACAUGGAGGUGCUGCGCUGUGUCUGUGCCCUCUGUCAUCUAUUGCUAGGCAAACCUUGAUAUCAACAUGGGGUCAGACAACCCUUAAAACGAUGUAUAUAUUUAUAAGAACUGACUUCUGUCAGCAUGCAAAUGGAGCAUAGAUGAGAGAACCUUUUGAGACAGAGAAUCGGGCACUGACACGAUUGAAGUAUGUAGGCUAUAUGACCUAUGAUUCAGGACCUUCGAAGCAAAGACACAGGCAGUAUGGAAGUGCAGACCACCUCUCUGGUUCAGGUAUAUGUCAACGGUACGGAGCAACUAAACACCUCAUACGACUACAACGUCACGGACACGUCUGAGAACCCAGACACCUAUCAGUUCUACACCAUCGGCCUCUUCCUCUCCUGCCUCUACACCAUCCUCCUCUUUCCCAUCGGCUUCAUUGGGAAUAUACUCAUCCUGGUGGUCAACCUCAACCACAGGGAGAAGAUGACCAUCCCGGACCUCUACUUUGUCAACCUGGCGGUCGCAGACCUCAUCCUUGUGGCAGACUCCCUCAUCGAGGUCUUCAACCUCAAUGAGAAGUACUAUGAGUACGCUGUUCUGUGUACCUUCAUGUCCUUAUUCCUGCAGGUCAACAUGUACAGCAGCAUCUUUUUCCUGACAUGGAUGAGCUUUGACCGCUACGUGGCUCUGGCCAGCUCCAUGAGCAGCAGUCCUUUGAGGACCAUGCAGCAUGCCAAGCUCAGCUGCAGCCUCAUCUGGAUGGCCUCCAUCCUGGCUACGCUGCUCCCCUUCACCAUUGUCCAGACCCAGCACCGCGGCGAGGUGCACUUCUGCUUCGCCAAUGUCUUUGAGAUCCAGUGGUUAGAGGUGACCAUCGGCUUCCUGGUGCCCUUCUCCGUCAUCGGCCUGUGCUACUCGCUGAUCGUGCGUAUCUUGAUGCGGGCGCAGAAGCACCGGGGCCUGUGGCCUCGCAGACAGAAGGCCCUGAGGAUGAUUGGGGUGGUGGUGCUGGUGUUCUUCAUCUGCUGGCUGCCUGAGAACAUCUUCAUCAGCAUCCAGCUGCUGCAUGGCACGGACGACCCGGCCCAGCGCAGCACCUUCAGCGGCCACCUGUGGCACGACUACCCGCUGACGGGCCACAUCGUCAACCUGGCCGCCUUCUCCAACAGCUGCCUCAACCCCAUCAUCUACAGCUUCCUGGGGGAGACCUUCAGGGACAAGCUAAGACUCUUCAUCAAGCAGAAGGCCAGCUGGUCCGUGCUCUACCGCUUCUGCCACCACACCCUAGAUUUACACAUACCUGUGAGGAGUGAGGUGUCGGAGGUGUAACGCUGCAGGAUCAGCAACAUGUUUGAAUGAAAGGUUAGGAUGUAACAGAAGUCCAGGGGGGAGGAAGAGCUAUGUGCUGCUGUGUCUACCCAGCAGGAUCCUGGGAAUUGUCUUCAUGACACCCUCAAAGGCUUCCAGAAUUCAGCUUCUUAUAGGUGGUAGAGAUACCAUGGAGGAAAAGCUAGAAACUGACCAUGAGGCUGCCAUUUUGUCCCCUGUAAGUGCAGGUGGAGAAUGCACUGUGUAUCUACAUGUAUCUACACUGUGUAUCUAAUAAUGAGAUCUGGGUAUUAAAUACACAUUUGGAAAAUGGAGAAGGCAAAUUGAUGAAAAUACCAGGUUUGGUGUUCUUUCAAUGUCUUCUCUUCGCUCAUGAAACCGCAACAAUCUACUCAGAGAAAUGGUGGUGAGGGAACAAAUUAAAACAGACACAUCAAAGGGACCAGUGACUUGCUUCUCCUUGACCCCAGUGUGGUUAUUGUAACACUGUAUACCGCUCAGAACUGUUUGGGUAACCCAUAAGACCGCUAGAUAAACCUGUUGUCGGCUCGUUUUUUUGAUGUACUGACAAUGCCACUGUAUUGUAAGUAGAUGUCCUUUUCUUUGAUUUGAUUUGAUUCUUUGUUUGCCACUUUUAUUUAAAUAGAUAAAAAUACAUGUUUGUUUUUUUAGGAAGCUGUUGAGAAGCUCUUUGCUGACUUAGUACCGACAACCUUAAGUGUAUUACAAAAAGUGGAAGUAAAAGACAGGAUAUGCCUUCCACAAAUCUAAACAAGUCAUUUUUUCUACAUAUGAAAACAAAUUGUAGGUGGUGACUUGCUGCAUGUGCCCAGACAUCAGAAAAAAAGCUUCUUUCCCUUUGAUUUUCUCCUAUUUUUAAAGAAUUCAUUUGAAAUGUUUUAAACAAAAAUAUUAUUCAAAUCAAGGUAGAUCGUAAAGGAAACAUGAAUGCUCAUUUUCCUCAAGCAUGCACAAACAGUUGUGUGCCAGUGCCCUCAGUAUUUGGAGAACGCUAAAUAUAUCUAGUCAAGUCCGAUACACAUUCUAAAGACAGAUGUUAUCCACAGUAUUAUGACCCUUGUUGUCAACUCCUGUUUGCCUGAGGCAAAAACAAGGAGGCAGGUGUUGUUUGGAGCGGAGGAGAUGGGAUUAUAUGUAAACACAUUACUCAGCGAAGACGAUGGAGGCGCUGCUAUCAUCUCUUGUGUUUACUCUCAGUCUCCAACAGUUUCAGUCAUUCUAAAACUACAGUGAGCAGGGACAGAUUUAUUUACCAAAUGCUUGUUUAUUUACCAAAUACUAUUUUGGGUAAGGGCUGAGGGUAAGGGUAAACAUCCUUUUAAACAUCCUUUUCUGUCUUGCUAAUCUGUCUGUGAAAUAAGGCUGAAUAAAGACCAGAUCUUUUAGUUCUUGUUACAGUUGAGAGUAUGUACAGUAGGCUACUGUAAGGAGUCACACCUGCUCCUGUUUUGCUAGAAAAAUCUCCUCAAUUACAGGAAGCAGGCAAAAGGACUGCUCCCCUCAACUAUUGUUCUCAUUCAUUAUAAACAAAACAAUUCUGCGGAAAUACACCAAUCUCUGUAAAUAUAUGCCAUGACCCUGUUAACCCUUAUUGAACACUAAGACCAUUGCAUCAGUCAUUACUGUGUAUGAUAUCAAUACUGUGCGUUACGGUGCAUUGUGAGAAAACUAUCACUUUCCCAUGAAUGUAAAAGGAACCGAUAGAAACACAAACAAAUACAAUGGAAUCCAGUAAUUGCGGUUCCCAGCAGUUAGGUUUUUGUGCUAUUUGUUUGUGUUUGUGAAUUGAUCCUAGGUUACUCAAACUGUAAUUCAUUCUAUCUCUAAUUUGAAUCUGGGGAAAUGAUGGAUUAGUGCAUGUGUCAGAUAUCGUUUGACUAAUAGGCCUACUUACUGAAACCACAACAGAAGAGGCAUGGUAUAUUUUUUUUUUAUAGGCAUCAUAAAAUAUCUUGUCAAAUCUGCCAACAAGCCCUUUUAUGUUCGCCUGAAUUCCCACGCGUGAACCACCCAAAACAAGCAAACUCAUUUCAAUCAAGAUAUCAACACUAGCAUAGUCUGGGUGUUACUUCCGUGGCAUUUCCUUUCCACCAACAUGUACACAUCAAUAACCUCGAGAUUUGAGACACCGACGUUUGGAACCGGUUCAGCUCAUCAUUGGAAUAUGUGUUCACUAGUGGAGGAGUGUGAGGGUUUUGUAGAGAAAUAACUUUGAUUCGUAGUUUAGCACGAACAAAACACACGCACAGUGUGUAACUGCCAUUGCUAGUCAUAGGCAAUUUGAGGCUAUGUACUUCAGGAUUAUGCAACAGGCGAGGGCCACUCAAACAGGAUGGCAGUGGCACAUUUGGGUGCCACCACUUUGUAACAUUUAUGGUCUAACCCAUGUGCGUUGGUGAAGAAUACAAUAGCACAUUGAUUUUCUUUUAGAGUGCCUGGCUAAAAAAAGAAACAGGGCAUCAAAAGCUGGGUUCCUAGUUGGAGGGAGACAGACUAUCAUGAUCAACUUGUUUCUUACCUUGUAAUAAAUACCAACAAUACACACUAUCAAAUGAGCAAUAAGGAGUAGUAAUUAACAAACGAUUCCUAAUAAUUACAAGGCAACUAAAUACUGGCUACUAAGCAACACAAGAGGAGUGGAAAAGACCAUUGGACAGUGCUAUAAGCUUGUUAGUUGAGGCUCCAAAUCAUCUGACAUAAAUCCAGUUUACAGCCUCUGUGUAUAUCCUUGUCAGCCAGAGCAAGUGCAAUAAACAGUUAAUGCAUCAGGUUGAAUCUGA